UUACUUCGUCUUUAGUUGGUUUGAAGUUUCCUCUGGUGACAGUUCGCGGUUAGCUGCUGUUGCUGCUAGCUAGCUGCGAGCUAACAGGCUGCCGUGUCCGCAGAUGGGAGAAGCUGCUGCUGCGCUGGAUCCUCGAGAUGUUGAGCGAGCCCAGGCAUUCUGGGCGGAGGAGGACGUGGAUCAGAUGUUUAAGGGCGUCUCGUCGUACCUGGACCACCUGAAGAGAGUCCUGAAGAAGAACACGGCCACAGACAGAGAGCUGGUUCAGGGGUUGAAGCUGCUGGAGUCUCUGGACCUGUGUCCCUCGGCGUCGGCUCGGGACUCGUCCGUCCUCCAGGUGGUCAUCGGUGCAGGCGAGGUGCUGCCAGCUGACCUCCCCCGCCACAGUCCCUCCCCCUCGACCUCCCCCGGACCGCCCACCAAUGGCCUGUCCAGCCCUGAAGCGCCCCCUGCUGUCAGAGAGGAGCUGCUGCCUCUGCUGGCCCCUGUCCAGCUGCAGUACCACCCCCACACCUGCAGCAAGACAUGCAUGCCCAGUUUACCCAGCAUGCCUCAGUCCAUGCCUCUGUUCUGGGCACAAAACCCUCUGAAGGUUCCGCUGCUCUGCGGCUUUAAGAGACUGUGUGGCGUGCCGCUGAUGUCAUCUGGAGGGGGGGCGGAGCCUGUGGAGUCCCAGGAGGCGGAGCAGCUGGAUGCAGACGACCUAGGCGUGGUUUACAGAGCGCCUUGUGGACAGAGGCUUCGUAACCAUGAGGAUGUGAUGGACUUCCUGUUGGCGGCAGAGAUCUGUGACGUCCUGCAGGUCGACUUCUUCACCUUCAACCGCUCUGUUCAUUUGGACCCUCCUGUGGCGCCGAGGUCUCAGCGUCCGGAGCUGGACCUGAGUCGUGGCGUGGAGCCCACGCCGGUGGAGCUGUGCCUCAGUGACGGUGGCGCCCGUCCUGCCGAGUUCCGCUACAGGAGGGACCGCUGGCCGCACGGCUGCUUCCUGAGCCGCGGCGCCACGCUGUUCACCGCCUGCUGCAACUGUGUGGACGGCUGCACCGACGCACAGAGCUGCGCCUGCAUCGCUAUGAACAGAGGGGGGCGCUGUUACAGCCACCACAGCCUGAGUGAGCCUGAGCCGUCAGGGCUGUAUGAGUGCGGCCCGUGGUGCGGUUGUGAUCGGGCUCGAUGUCAGAACCGUCUGGUCCAGCGUGGGAUCAGAAUCCGGCUCCAGGUUUUCGAGACGGAGGGCCGUGGCUGGGGCGUGCGUUGCCGUGACGACGUGGACCGUGGCACGUUUGUGUGCGUGCACGCAGGUGUGAUCCUCCAGCGGGCCCCCCCCCCCCCGGAGCCUCUGCUGCCCAAGCUGGCGAGGUUCGACCUCCCGUCAGACGACGAGGUGGAGGUCGUCACUGAGUGGCUGGCCCCGCCAGUCCUGGAGGGGCGGAGCAACCCGCUGGAGACCUCUCCGCCACCUAAGUCCCCGCCCACCUCCCCACCUCUGCAUGUCCCGGUGAUCCAGAGGCCGCCGGACACCGCCACGCUGCAGGUCCAGACGCUUGUUCUGGGAGAGCCGCCGCCCCCUUCAGGUGACCAGACGCUUGGUGUUACCUUCAGGAAGAAGGGCUCAGAGGCGUCCGAGCAGAAGAGUCGGAAGAGGGCGGCGAAGGUGGAGGACGUCCACGUCCUGGACGCCAGCCGGGAGGGAAACGUGAGCCGCUUCAUCAACCACAGCUGCCGGCCGAACCUCUUCAUCCAGAACGUCUUCACCGACUGCCACGACCCCGCCUUCCCCGUCAUCGCCUUCUUCACCAGCAGGAGGGUGAAGGCCGGCACGGAGCUAACCUGGAACUACUCCGCUGUCGGACACGCGGCCGUGCUUCCAAAACAGGAAGUGACGUGUCUCUGCGGGAGCGAUGGUUGUCGGGGUCAGUUCGUCGUCGAGGAAAACCUGUGUGACGUCUGCGAGGUCGAAGGUCAGGAGGCCCGGUGACGACCAGGCUCAGACUCUGCAGCAACACGACACCAACACAUUUCUACUGUUGCUCUGUAAAAACAUGUUCUUUCAUAAUAAAAUGACAAUUAACAAUUAA